AUGGACGAGCCUAAAAUUCUGUUGGCUGAGCUUGCCGAUUUGGAAGAACUGGUCAACCCGAGUACAGCUGACGAUAGUGACGACGGUGGUCUUGAUAGUUACGCCGGCAUUGGCUUUGUGGAUGAACUGUACGCGAGUGUAGAUGACGAGGAAGUGCGGUCGUCGAAUAUUGGUAGGGAUGAUUUCAAAAUCAGGCAUUCAAGUGGAAACUUCAAGAUGAAACCUACCGUGCUCACUCUAGUCGACCAUUUUCUGGCACAGACGAACGAGUCAAAUUUCGACGCCUCACAGGCCUUGGAAAUGUUCCAACGGAGGUACACAAUGGAUUAUGGGAGGAGGGCUUCUGGGUCCAAGGCAGCCGACCCUGACGACAAGUACUUCCCCAUAUUUCACCUAGGCAUGAUUGGCAUUGUCGGCCGACCUCUGCGGCCGAUCACAAAUCGAAGCGGCUUCUUCGAUAAAGUCACGUUCACACUGAGAUAUUGGCAUUCAUCCUACGUCGGCAAGCAUGUGACGACCAAUUUGCCUUUCGACAUCCGAAACAGGACUUUCCGAAUUGCCACUGCGGCGUCUGGGAACUCUGGUUCAUCGUGA